UCUAAUUAGUAUGGUUCUCUCUUACAAAGUCGUCUCCACAUCUAGUUAGAGUCUGAGUGUUUCUUGUAUCUACCAUCUUGUUCUCAUUGUUUGUUUGUGUGUAUCGUUUUGACUUUAAUGUCAUCCCGCCAACAACAGAUGGAUGUAAAACCACGCCUAUUUCUAUUUCAAUGUACUGUCUCUAGAAUAUGGAGUUACUCAUGAGCAUUGGUUUUAUUGUUGACACUUCAAAAUAACUAAAUUGAUUUAUUAAUAAAUAAAAACAAAAGUUAUUUUUAAAAGUCAACAGGCUACAAUCAAAACUUUUAUUACCAUCAAGAAAAAAACUUCACAAGAAAGAUAUUUCUUUAAAGAGAGCUACUGAUACGACUAAGCAAAUCCAACUUGGCAUUCACUCUCAUAAGUGCAUUAUGGACAACAAUCAGAACAGUGAAAAACAUAUACAGAUAGCAAUGGAUGUGAAAGGGGAAAAAAUGAAUGAUCCUAUUCCCACUGAACCGCGUGAGCGGUCAGCAUCAACGUGGACAACCCGCAGUACCGUGAUGGCAAUAAACCGGCCCAUUUAUCACACACGGACAGUGAGAGAUAAAUAUUUAAAGCCAGAUGAUUCUCCUAAAUCCUGGAAAGAGAACAUCACCCAGAGAUUCAAGAAAGAUAACCUGUCAUCACACUUGAAGCCUGAAAAAUUGAAGAAGUGUGCCACAAGUCUUUUCCCUUGUGUUGGCAUUAUGCGAAAAUAUAAUUGGAAAACUGAUUUACCCAAUGAUAUUGUUGCUGGUCUUACUGUUGGCAUUAUGCAAUUGCCACAAGGUAUGGCCUACGCUAUGCUUGCUGAUCUACCUCCAGUUGUUGGUCUCUAUGUUUCCUUUUUUCCAGUCAUCAUUUAUUUCUUCUUCGGUACAUCCAAACAAGUCUCCAUGGGAACUGUUGCUGUCAUUAGUUUAAUGGUUGGAAGUGUGGUAUCAUCUCAAGUUACUCAAUGGAGGAAAGAGCAUGGUGUACUGACUGAGAAAGAUCGUUUAAACAUCUCAGAGAGCCUAAUAGAACAAGAAAGAAUAUUUAAGAUAGAAAUUGGUGCUUCUGUAGCUUUUAUAACAGGGUUGUGUCAGAUAGGAAUGGGGCUAUGUCGGUUUGGGUUUGUGACUACAUACAUGGGUGACUCACUAGUCAGUGGAUUCACCACAGGUGCUUCCAUGCACGUGUUUACAAGUCAAAUCAAGACAGUACUGGGAAUCAGUAUACCACGAUAUCCAAACCUUUUAAAUUUGAUCUAUACUUACAUAGCUAUAUUUAAAAGUAUUCCAAAAACAAAUAUAGCUACCUUUGUGUUUGCUGUUGUGUGUAUGAUCAUACUCUAUGUUGUCAAAGCACAAAUUAAUGAUAGAUUCAAGUCCAAGCUUAAAAUGCCUAUUCCAGUGGAACUCAUUGUGGUAGUGGUCAGUACAUUAAUCUGUCACUAUGCGGAGCUCAACAAACGAUGGGGGAUUAAAGUUGUUGGAGCGAUUCCAGCUGGCCUACCAUCCCCACAGUUUCCAACUUUUGAAAAUGUGAAUGAUUAUGGUGUUGAUUGCAUCAUUAUUGCUGUUGUGGCAUUUGCUCAGUCAGUUUCUUUAGCAGUAAUUAUGGCAAAAAAACAUCAUUAUGAUAUUGAUUCCAAUAAAGAAUUGAUUGGCUAUGGAACUGGAACACUUUUUGGCUCAUUUUUUUCCUGUUAUCCCAUGGCUGGUUCUGUUUCUAGAAGUUCUGUCCAAGAUUCUGCUGGAGGUAAAACACAAUUGGCAAGUUUGUUCUCAGCAUCACUAGUUCUGAUUGUCAUUUUAUUCAUUGGACCAUUAUUUGAGAAUCUUCCAAGUUGUGCAUUAUCUGCCAUCAUUAUUGUUGCUUUGAAAAGUAUGUUCAUGCAAGUCUUGGAUGUGAAAGUUUUCUACAAAACUUCAAAGAUGGACUGUUUGAUAUGGCUGGUUACAUUUGCGUGUGUAAUUAUACUGAACGUUGAUAUGGGACUUGUUGCUGGUAUUGGUUUUGCUUGUUUCACAGUAGUCAUUCGGUCUCAAAUGGCUAAAGUUACCAGACUAGAAAAACUAAAAGAUCUGGAUGAAUAUAGGCCACAGUCAAAGUAUACCAAGACUGAGCCAAGUCCAAACAUUUGUAUUGUCUCCUACAAUGCACCUUUAUAUUAUGCUAAUUCUGAGCUCUUCAUGAGCAACAUCUACAAAGAGACUGGAGUCAAACCAGAAAAGAUGCGAAAAGUUCUUAAAAAGUUGUUACUUGGAAAAGAUUCUGACAAGCAAAACAAGAAAACAUUUCCAGAUUCCAAGAUAGUGGAGAUAGAAACAGUCACAUGUCAGACUUCUUUGUCAAAUGGAGAUGCACAAGUUCCAAAUGGUCACCAACAGGGAUCAACUACUAUUGGCCCAUCACCUGAUUCAGACCCACGCCCUUUUUUGUAUCUAAUCAUUGACUGUUCACAUUUAUCAUUCAUUGAUCCUGUUGGGGUCAAAUCUUUAAAGCAGAUUAUUGAAGACUACAAAACAGUGGGAAUUACAACUUACUUAGGAGGAGUCAAAGAUGAGGCUUGGCUGAUCAUGGAAAGUACUGGCUUUAUUUCUAAGUAUGAGAAAGUCAUCUUUCUGACAGUUGGGGAUGCAGUUUUAGCUGCUGAGGAGGAUAAAUUGAAGAAGUCUCAUCCUUUGCCUGGUUUUGAAGUAUGUCUCAUCCCGUCUGACAACAUGAAAUCCACAAUGCCUCUUUUAGAACAGGCCCAUGGAGACAUGGAAACAGAACUAAGUAAUGAGAAUGGCAAUCAAUGGACUAAAACAGAACAAAUCUAAUGAUUUGAAAUAACAUUUUAAUGUACUAAAGAGGCUUGCACCACAAAACUUUGAAGUUAUCCCAAGUAAAACACAUUCCUUCGCUUUUAGGAAAAUAUGGAAUAAUGUCCACAAACCAGGGUAACAGUGAGGUGAGGAUUUCAACUCUUUGAUUCACUAGCUCAUUAAUUUGCCCUUCUGCUAUCUGCCAAAUAUGUAACAAGCAAAUUCUACAUUAAAAUAAAAUUUUGCAUUAUUUAAGCCUAUUACAAUCUAGUCAAAUAGACCAGAAAUGUUGUUCUAGUAUGCAUUAUUUUUUCAAAAAUAUGUUUUAUAUAUUUGUAUCUAUAUAAAUAUAUAUAUAAAUAUGUAUUUUAAACUAUAAUAUUGAUAUUCUUGGUAAAUGUGUAGAUUUAUAUAAAAUCAAGAUGUUUAUUUCAGAUUUUUUGUGAUAUAAUUCCAUUAAUGUUACUUUCAGUGUACAAAAAAGAAUUUAGUUGUAUACAUUUUAUCAAUGUAAUUUGUAUAUGUAUUAAGGGCAUUAUUUACAUGUUAAGGUACUAUGUUAAUGUCAUUUAUUUUAAGAACCCACUUAAAAUCUACAUUUAAGUAAAGUUUUAUAAAACACAUUCCUUCUUUUUAUUUUAAGUUCUUAAUUUUAAAGAAGUGUGUAAUUUUGUUUAUUAAUGCAUUUAAAAAAAAAAUAGACUAUUGAAUGGAAAUAAAAAAUUGACAUCAUUAAAUCAUUUGUUAUGAAGGAAAUACAUUAUGUAGGUGUACUCUAAUUUAAGUUUUAAACCAUAUUUUACAAGUUUACAACACAGCACUCACCCUGAAUCUUGGAAAUAAAAGACAUUGCCAUUAUUAUUAUAAUAAUAAAUUGUUGAAUUGGUUUCUUAAAAAACAAUUUAUUUACAAAUCUAGAAUUCUUGAUAUUUAGGCUCCUGCGUGAAUAUGAAUUUUAAAAAGACAAUACCUCCUUUAUACAACUUAUAGAGCGAUUGUUUUUCUUUUAAUAAUUAAUGAAUGUUAUAAAAAAGAAAAGGAACAUUUUUUACCUGUCCCAUUUCCCCCCUUUGCUCAGAGAAAGAAUCCUAGUUAAGUGAAUGUACAUUACACUUUAUAAUAUUCCAAUGAUGGGCCUUUAGAUCUAGACUUAGAAGAUGAUGGGAAAAUUUUCCUGCACAUUAAUUUAUUAAACUCUUCAGGAAUGGGGAUAUUUCCAAAAACAUAAGUCCGUUCAAAAUAAAUAUUUUCUCGGUCUGUAGUCAAAUUUAAAUUUACUUUUUUUAGUUUGAAAAAUUAUACCGAUCUAACUAGAGUUUUUUUCCAAAGAGCUAGUUAUUCUUUUCUUAACAAUAUACAGAAACUGUCAAAUUCAUAAGGAAAAUCAUUAGAGCCAUUUUUGAGAUCAGUGUCCAUCCACCCAGGUUUUAGUUUUUUAAGUUUCCAUAAGUUGGAAAAUAGAGG